ACAGAGAGAGACCCUUGUCGGCAAAAACGAAAAUUUAAGACACGAUUUAAAAACUUUUCCAGAAAAAAAUGGAUUCAAUUGAAAAGAGCAAGAAGCAGGUGGAUGAUGAUGAUGAAACUGAUCUUCAUUCUCACUGUCCUAUCUUUUUAAUUAUCUGUGAUUCAAUCCUUCAAGCUUUCAUCGCCAUUUUGAGAUUCUUAGGUUUUAAUCACAAUGGACCACCUUACCGUCCGGCGCCCUCCUCACCGGAAGAUUGCUACACCGACGGCUCAGAUCCGCCUUCCACGGCGGUCAACCCACCCGAUGAUGAAUCUGAGGAAGAAAGUGAGUACUACAGGCCGCAUGUUCCUCCUCCGCCGCCGUGGAGCACCGGCGGCGGUGGUCAGACUGAUUAAGAUAUUGUAAUAAUCAGCGGCGGCUGUUUUGUAAAUCAAAGUAAUGUUGUUCGAGAUCUCUGUAGCUAUGUGGUAAUAUCUAUUACAGUGUAUGAAGUAGCAAAUAGAAAAUUCCAAGCUUCGUAGUUAUU